GUACUACAAUCGAAUCAAAUCCCUCUGAAAUCAUGUCCCACCGCCACGACUUGGCCAAUCAAAACCUGGUCAUUUUCGCACCCGGUCGGCCCAAGUACACUCCUCGUGAUUGGGACCUAAACAAUCGCACCAAAAAUGUGUUCUCGCUCAACCAGCAAACAUUGGCCGAGCGAAUCAUUUGCGAAAGUGAACGGCUGAUCGACGAGACCAAGUUUACCACCGAGCUGAACAAGAACGAAUCGGACUUUCGGCUGAAGGAACGCAUCGAGGACAUCAAGUUCCGACAGGAUGAACUGAAGAAGCAAAAGAAGGAUGCCCACAUCGAGGAGGAAGCGCUGAAGGUGUACAAACAGCGAACGAUCGAUGCCAUCAACACCCUACGGGAGAUUGCCGUACCGAUAUGCCAGAAAUGUAUCAUCAUGCGGGAGAUGCGCCAGGGAGUGGAUCUGGUGCUAGAUGAUGUCGAUAGGGAACUGCAGAGGGAGCUGGGAGUGAUCCAUGGGGCCAUCGAGCUGUUGCACAAGCUGAUGGAGCAAGGCGUAGAGCAGCUGAGACGAUUGAGAGCGGCGAUUUAUCUGCUGGAUCGGGACUUGUCGAACAAGGAGAAAUCGGUUCAGAUUGACGCGAAAAAUAUUGAACUGCGGCAUAAUCAGAUGGGGAUGAAGGUGUACGAUGGAACGGUGCCCCUGGAUCCGUACAACAACACCGAUCCGGAGUGGAUCCAGGUGACCAACACCAACAUCGAGAGCACUGCCAAGGAAAUCAACUCGGCCCAAGCGCUGCGCUCCUACAUCGAUCAGGUGCUCAAACAGGCCGCCGAAGACAUUCGUCAUCAGGUGGAACGAACCAAUGCAGCCUACAGCAAACGAAUCGCCGAAGUCCGUUACACCAAAAUCAAGCUAGAGAACGUACACAAGGAAACCGUCCAUCAGGUCAACGAGCUGACCCGUACUGUCACCAAGUUGGAGAAGGAGAUUGCCGAGAAGGAGGGUUACGUCUCGCUAGCACAGGUGCGCAUGGCGAACCGAGCCCAUCGGCCCGGGAUUGAACUAUGCAAGGAUAACGUUUACAAUAGCCUGAAGAAGGAGUUGGCGGCGCUGCGGGAAACAGUCUCCAAGCUGGAUCAGAUGUUGGUGCAGUCCAGGGCCACGCUGAGAUAUCUGCUCAAUACGCAGGUGAUGCAAGAAGAGGAGAUCAAUUUGAAAACGAACUCGCUGAAGAUCGACGAAGUGGACUGUAUGACACUGAGGGAGAGUUUGAAUUUUCAGAAUUUCUAGAUUUUCGGAAGAAUGAUGAUAUUGAGU